AUGGAGUAUUAUAACGAAGCAUUUCUCAGACAACUGAAUCCACUUUUACGCAUCCAAGUAGAUUCCGAACAAGUACGACAAUCAGAAGCAUGUAGCUCAAUUAUAUCGCAGUGCGAAAGAUAUGACAUUGGUCAGCUGGUAUGGGACAAUUGUCUCAUUCGCAACCGAAUAUCAACUGCUAAAUAUAUUAUCCAAGUCAAAACUAAUAUGGACCUGGAUAUAAAGGCUGUUGAUGUGCCAACAAUAGAGAAAAUACCAAAUAAACAUAGCAUAUUGUCUCCAUUCAAUGCAAAAUCACCGAUUUUUCCCAAUGGAAUCUUGACCCAUGACUGGCUAAAAAAGUAUCAGGAAAUCUAUCCUUUUGCCAUGUUGUAUGUUUGUCAAUUGGACCAGGAAAAUGAUGCUGGUAGUGAUAGCAAAAACACAGGAAAUGAAAAGCACAAAGACAACGACGACGACAACGACGACGACAACGACGACGAAUACAAAAACAACGACGACAACGACGUCGAGGACAACGAUGACGACGAUAUUCACGACAAAGAGGAUGAUGCAAUAAUUGAUAAACUAAAGUACUUGAAGCUAAAAUUAGAAGAUAUUGAUUGCAAAUUGGUUGUACUUGUGCUCACUCGUGGAGAAUUGAGCUUAGAGAGGCAAAACAAAAUAAAGACAGAGCUAAACUUGGCCAAACACGGAGCAUUAUAUACAUUCAACACUUUAAUUGAUGGUUUGCAAAACGAAAGCGAAGUUAUAGUGCUGGCUAUAAUGAAAAACCUUACUAAGCUAGCCCAUGAUUACUAUGCAAAUAUUGAAUACAAGAUCAAGCAAAGAUACAAAAAAUACUAUUCCUGUCCGCCUAUAGAUGAUAUCGAUACUUCGAUUGAACUUACACCGAAAUUUUUGGAGACAAGAAACUUGAUCAAGCAAGGUUUUAUUUUAGAAUUUUUAUACCCUAGAAACUUGGAAACUAGUGUCAAGAUCCUCGAAGUUGCGUACCAGGAACUUGUGGAAAUACUCGAUACAACAUAUGCAAUAAAUUUACUGGACCAUGAUAAUAAAAUUCUUGAACAGUUUAUGACAUUAUUGGAUGUGAUUGCUUUUCAUAUCGUUCGUGCAUACUUUUCAAUUGAAGAGCCUAUAAAGGCAUUGAAGAAACAUAAAACGCACAUUGUUAAUGUAGUUGAAGUUGUGAAGCGGGAUCAUGACUGGGUUUCUAGACAAUACGAAUGGCUUGCUCAGUUAAUGAGGUUGGUUCCAUAUUCGAUAAUAACAAAUUUAAAUACCACAGCAAUUUUGAAGCAGCAACUGGAAAAUCGACGAAAUGCUCGACCACAAUCAUCAGCAGCAUCAUCAGCAGCAUCAUCAGCAGCAUCAUCAUCAUCGGUGUCAUUGUUGGCUUUCUUUGGUGGCAUACGUACUCCUGAAUUUGAUUUAGUGACUAAUCCUGGAUUGGUUUACGUCAAGGCAUAUGAAUUGAGCAGUGACCCGCAAAAGAGAAUUGGUCUUUUAACAAAUGCCAUUGAACUAUUAGAAACUCAAUUGCUGAAUGCCACCUACAAGAAUCUGAUCUCAGGAAAGGAUAAGUUGGACGCGUUGAUCUCAUACAUCAACUGGCGUAUUGCUGAGGAGUUAAUCCAGAUGAAACAAUAUCAAAAAGCAUCAGACUUUUUAGAGAUGGCGUAUAGUUUAAUCUGUGAUUCAAAUUGGUUUAGCAUUAACCACUUAUUGUUGGAAAAGUUGUUGUUUUGUUAUAAAAACAUUGGAGACAAAAAGAUGGAGAUUAAUACAAUUCUUAAAUUGGCAACAAUGCCGCAUCCUACGCAGACAGAAAUUAGCACCAGCUUUGUGGACCCAACCUUGAGUGAAACAAAGAAUGUGUUUGAAUUUGCAACCGACUCCAAACUAUUAGAGGUUGACUUGUUGGACUCGAAAUUGCACGAAUUCUUCAAGGUUGAUGCAUUAUUAAUCAACAAAAAUUUGUCCCUGAAAGAAACUCAUGUUUUAGACCAAGUAAUGUUUCAACUAACACUAAAGUCCAAAAUUAAUUUACACGUGUUAAAGUCUUUUUUGCCCAAAGAAAGUAAAGUUCACAUUUGCGUCAACCAAAUUGACGUUUCCUUUUCACGCGCAGAUGGUAGGUCUAAAUUCCCUGGAAUUAAGAACAUUUCCAUCACCAACGACGAAAAGAAAAAGUUUGAAACUGUUAUGCAAUUGCAUGGCCAGCAAUUGGAUCGAACAUUUGUCGAUUCUGCAAACUUACAAUUAAGUGGCCAAAAUGCUGAUAGUGAUGAUAGUGGUACUGGUGUUGGUGUUGGUGCUAGUGGCGGUCAUGGUCACGUUCGUAGUAAAUUAGUACUCCAGCAUGUACAGUCUGUUCAUUCAACUAGUCAAGUACAAGUAGAAGUUGUUAAGUUGCAAAUCUCAGUUCUUGUUAAGCACCAUGACAAGUGUAUUAAGUUGAAUAAAAUUGAGUUACAUCAAACAUUCCCAACUAGUUCUCAUUUGGGUCGCUUAUUCAACUUUGAUGGAACUUCAAGACCAAUUAGACUAUACGAACCAUCACACAUUAUCACCGUUGUGCCUAAGAAACCCGAUAUAAGAAUCGGGUUGAAACAAAAGCUAGAUUAUUAUAUACUAGGCGAGAAACUUCAGAUCCCGAUAAAUAUUAAAUUUGACGACAAAGAGUUGAGGGCAACUUGUGCAAAAGCGAAUUUGUUUGCGAGAGUUAGGAGUGGCGAUGUAACAUUGACUUGGGAAGGGUUGAAAGAUGAUGAACCAUUGAACUUACUAACUUUAGAGAGUGGAGCAGAUGAGCUAGAGCAUCUGUUGACUGUGCAUGCAAGGUUUUGGCGUGAAACAGAAAUGAAACUUGAGAUUGAGUUGGUAACUGCUGAGGAGUUUGAUGCUGAGGAAACAAUAGAAGACAAUGGACAAGGGCAAACAACUGUGUAUCCGGUCCUUUGUCAGCUCAUUCGUGUCCUCCCUGCCCCAUUCAGUUUGAAUGAAUUGAUCGAACCAGUUCUUUUUGAACCACGUGCUCUCAGUAAAGAGGAUGAAGGAAGAGUAAAUGAAAACGAGUUGGAGGUCUCCACAACAAAUGAUACCGAAGGUGUCAUUCGGAAAAAUGACGAUGAUGAACAAGGAGCAAAGGAAGACGAGGAAAAGGAUGAAAAAGAAAGAAAAGAUGAAAAAGAUGAGAAAGAAAACAAAGAAAAUGCAAUACGGUUGUCUCUUUUGAAUCGUGUUUGGAAACUUUCUCCCAAGAUUGUUGACGAGUACAAAUUAGUAAAUGGAAACGAUGGAACUAGAUUGGAUAUUGUUGAAAUGGACUGUAAUAUAAUAUCGCAGAAUCCCGAAAUCUCGAUUGAAGUACAGAAACCAAGCCAUCAAAGUUACAAUAGAACCUUUGUCACCAGGAGCAGGAAUCGGUUGACUUAUAGAAGUGUUCUGGUUGCUGUUACUUAUAACAUCAAAUGGAAAAGGUCGGGAAAUGCUGAUUCUGUUGAUAAUGGUAUCAAUGAGUUCAAUUCUCGCGAAAAAGUGAUGUCCCUUCCAUUGAUGCUACCCCGUAUUCUUUUAAAUACUGAAUUUACUUUGAAUGAAACUGACGGCACUGUCACUGUUGAGCUAAAAUAUGUAUUAGAAAAUCCCACACGUGCUCCAUUAAACUUUUUAACCGAGUUGAUUGAUUAUGAAGAUACAUGGACAAUUGUGGAGGGACAAGUGAAAGUAGGUGAUUUGGAGAAUGGCAAAGUUCUCACUGUUGGCUCUGUAUCUCGAAAUGUGGCAGAGUUUAAACUCAAGAGCAAGCGUCCAAUCUCAAAAGAGACGGGGUUGAUUAGACUUCCAAAUUAUAAAGUCUUUGAUGUAAAUUAUAAAGUAUUGUUGGUAACAAUGAAGACGCAGGAAAAUGUCAAAUUCAAUCCAAGAGACAAGUGUUUAUACCUCUCUGUGUUUUAA